AUGGCAGACACGAAGCAAGCAUCGGCACCGCUCAACGGAGCCUACUACGGCCCAUCCAUCCCUCCCCAACAGUCUUACCACUCCCACGGCCGCCGCUCCGGCUGCGGCUGCUGCGGCUGCCUCUUCUCCUGCCUCCUCAAGAUCAUCGUCACCAUCGUCGUCAUCCUCGGUGUGGCCGCCCUCGUCUUCUGGCUCGUCGUCCGCCCCAACAAGAUCAAGGUCCACCUCACCGACGCCAACCUCACCCAGUUCAACCACACCCCCAACUCCGACAACAACUUGCUGCGCUACAACCUCGCGCUGAACGUCACCGUUCGCAACCCCAACAAGCGCAUAGGCAUCUACUACGACUCCAUCGAGGCUCGGGCCUUCUACCGCGGCCAGCGCUUCGCCUCCGCACCUCUGGGCCCCUUCUACCAGGGCCACAAGAACACGAGCGUGCUGAGCGCGUCCAUGCAGGGGCAGAACGUCAUCGUUUUGAGGGGCGGCGACCUGGCCGACUUCAACCGGGAGAGCGCUGAGGGGGUCUAUACUGUUGAUGUCAGGUUCUAUCUGAGGAUUCGGUUCAAGUUUGGCAAGAUUAAGACCGGAAGGAUCAAGCCCAGGAUUGAGUGCGAGAUGAGGCUUCGCCCCAAUGGCGGCGGCUUGGUCCCUGAUCGUGAUAAUGAAUGCGAGUUUGAGCGGAUCUGGUUCAGGUGA